AUCACUAUAUUUCUAGAUUAACUCCAUGCAAUAUAAAGGAGUAAGUAAAUGAUGAUGAAAACAUGAAACAAACACGAAAGUUAAAACUUUGUUUUUGUUUAACUCGAAGCAGGUUUGCUCAGAAUGUUAGAUGGCUUGAAAGAAGAAAUAAUGCCUAAAAAGUUAGAAGAAGAAAGUGGCAGUGAUUCAUCAGCUCCUUCAUCUCCAGUAUCACACUUGUAUAAGUAUCGUGCAGACAACAAAACAAUUGAUUUUGACGACUUAACAGAUGAUGAAUUUGCAAAUGGAAUUGUAAAAGUUGGACUAUGCGCCAUGAACAAAAAGACAAAUGCUCGUCCAAUGAAAGAAAUAUUGAAUCGCCUUCAAAGAUUUUAUUUAAUUAACUUUCAAAUAUUUCCUGAUGAACUGACUUUAAAUGAACCUGUUGAGAAUUGGCCUGUUGUAGAUUGUCUUAUAUCAUUUUAUUCAAGAGGAUUUCCUUUAGCCAAAGCUAUUGAGUAUGCUCAUCUCCGCAAACCACUUGUGUUAAAUGACUUAGAAAUGCAGUAUCAACUUCAAGAUAGAAGAGAAGUUUAUAGACUAUUAGAAGAAGAAGGUUUAGAAGUACCAAACUAUGCUAUAUUUAACCGAGACAAGCAGGGAAACCCUGAAUCUGGUGAGGAAAUAGAAGAAUAUGAUGACACUAUUAUUGUCAAUGGAAAAACUCUAACUAAGCCUUUUGUAGAGAAGCCUGUCAGUGCAGAGGAUCAUAAUAUUUAUAUAUAUUAUCCUUCAUCAGCUGGUGGUGGUUGCCAAAUAUUGUUUAGAAAAAUUGGAAGCAGGAGCAGCGUCUAUUCCUCUGAAAGUCGUAUUCGAAGAACUGGAUCUUAUAUUUAUGAAGAUUUUAUGCCAACAGAUGGAACAGAUGUGAAAGUGUACACAGUGGGUGAAGAGUAUGCUCAUGCAGAAGCUAGAAAAUCUCCUGUUCUUGAUGGAAAAGUAGACAGAGAUAGUCUUGGCAAGGAAGUUCGCUUUCCAGUAAUUUUAUCAGCUCAUGAAAAAAUGAUAGCAAAAAGAGUUUGCAGAUUAUUUAAGCAAACAGUGUGUGGCUUUGAUCUUCUCAGAGCAAAUGGAAAAUCACUUGUUUGUGAUGUAAAUGGUUUUAGUUUUGUUAAGACAUCUCAGAAGUAUUAUGAUGAUUGUUCACAAUUACUUGGUGAAUUAAUAUUACAAAAUUUAGUUCCAAAUUUUUGGAUACCUUCUCAAAUUGACUAUCCUCAGUUACCUCUAUCACCAGAGACACCUGCUGUUGUGCCAGUAGGCACAUCAAUGGAGUUACGUUGUGUUGUAGCCAUUAUACGUCAUGGUGACAGAACUCCAAAACAAAAAAUGAAAAUGGUGGUUAGUCAUAAACUUUUUUUAGAAUUAUGGGAUAGAUACAACGGAGAAGAGGAAGGCAGACUAAAGUUAAAAAAACCAAAGCAGUUGCAAGAGAUAUUAGACAUUACUCGAACCUUGUUAGAAGGUCAGAGUAGUUUAGGGGAGGUAUCUGAAAACAGAUUAAAGUUACAACAAAUGAAGAGUGUUUUAGAAAUGUAUGGUCAUUUUUCUGGUAUAAAUCGUAAAGUUCAAAUUAAAUCAAUGAAUGACAAACGAAAUUAUGACAUGAUUACUAAAUUUAAAGGGAGAAAUAAAACCACUGACUUGUCCAUCAGUACUACUAAGUCAUUGCUACUCAUUUUGAAAUGGGGUGGUGAGUUAACUGCUAUGGGAAAGAAACAGGCUGAAGAACUUGGAAGGGCUUUUCGGUGUGUUUAUCCAGGUGGGCAAGGAGAAUAUGGUCGAGUACCAGGUUUUGGAUUUUUGCGCUUACAUAGUACAUAUCGCCAUGAUCUCAAAAUAUAUGCUUCAGAUGAAGGAAGAGUACAAGUCACAGCAGCUGCAUUUGCUAAAGGGUUAUUGGCGCUGGAAGGUGAGUUAGCUCCAGUUUUGGUCAGCUUAGUAAAAAGUGAUAAACAUGUCUCUGGUAUGCUGGAUACACCUGGUGAUAUAAGUGGAACAAUGCGCAGGGUAAAAUCGCGUUUACAUGAAUACCUUCAUUCGACAGUAGACUUUAAAAAAGAAGAUGAAGAAAAGCUUGCACCUACCGGAAGUACUUCUAUUAUAAAAGCCAUGCAUGAAGUAGUCAAUCCACACCAGAUGUGCAAAAGAAUUCUAAGACUUGUGAAAACUCUUACUAAGCAAAUUAGAGAAAAGUGUGAAGAACCAGGAGUUAAUCCUGAGUCACCUACUUUAUAUCAUGAUGAAACCCUUAACCUUAUGCGUCAUAGAUGGGAAAAGUUGGAAAAAGAUUUUUCUGGUGGUGAUGAGUUCGACAUUAGCCUUAUUCCAGACAUCUAUGAUAGUGUAAAGUUUGAUUAUGUUCAUAAUAGGUCUUUGGGACUAGAUAAUCUUUCAGAGUUAUAUAAGUGUACUAAAGCUCUUGCAGACAUCGUCAUGCCAUUGGAGUAUGGUAUUACAAGUAGUGAAAAGGCAGCAAUUUCCAAACAAAUGUGCCAAUGUUUUUUUCGUAAAAUUCAAGCUGAUUUGCAUUACAAUGUGCACCAACUGGAAGAUACAGUUCAUAGACUAGAUCCCAGUGAUUCACAUAAUGUUUUAACACCACAUCGUCAUGUCAGAACAAGGCUUUACAUUACUAGUGAAAGUCACGUGCAUUCUAUUGUUUCUGCUUUGCGGUUCGGAAAUCUGUUUGAUAAUGUAAAUGACGCUCAAUGGAAGAAAGCAGCAGAUUAUUUAAAUGAAGUGUCAGAACUUAAUUUUCUUACUCAAAUUGUUUUUAUGCAAUACGAAGACCCAACUGCUGACCCACUCUCUGUUAAUCGUUUUCACAUUGAAAUUUUUUUUAGUCCAGGUGCCAAAAUACCAGACUAUGAAAAAUCAGAUGUAUUGUUAAAUCCUUCUACCGAUGAAUGUAAUGUUAAACAAUCUGACAGUAUUAAAAUUCCUGUCGAUACAGAGAGGAAUGUGAAUAUAGCAAGAAGCAUGGAGAAUGAUUCAUGUUCUUGGCCCUGUACAAGCCCUGGGAAAUAUUCAUCAAGCGCACCUGUCCGCAUGUCAUUACAGCCAAUGGCACAAAGAGUUAGUUACCGACGUUCUAUAACUAAAAUGAUCAAAAAUGUCUUCAAAACUUCUCCAAUCAAAAAUAUAGAAGAAUCAAUAUCUAUUCGAGGUGCUGAUGUUAUCGAGACGUUACCAUCAUUGCAUCCGUUGAUAUGUCUGCAUAGGAAUGUUCGUCAGGCUGAUGUCGAGAAAAUGCUUGAGUACUUUGCCAAUAACGAAGAUAAUGUUGAACCUCCUGAAACGAUAUCUAACGAAGAACUACUAAGAACGAAUUUUGAUUUGAUGUCCCAAGUUUCCGUUUAAAGGAGUAUUUUUUGUUAUAAUUGUUUACUUUCAAUUUAUUUUAAUUUUACAAUUUUACAGAAAAUCAUUAAAAUUGCUGUAAAUUAUGUCUAUAUUUUUUUGAACAUAUUUAAGAAAUUUGUUUUUAUCCUUUUUUUAUUUUAUUUAUUUAACAAUUAUUCCCAAAUGUUUUCUAGAUAUAAUAUUUUUGAGUAACUCGAAUAAUGAAGAGCUUAUAAUCA